GUGGUAGUCAUGCGAUGGAAGGAACCAAAACUGGAUUGGAAGUUCCGUAGAAGUUGAGGUCUAACGAAGAGCUUAAAUAGACCUAGCUUUCCCCAGAAGGCAUCAUUCUCGAACUCGAUCACGACAGGACCCACUAUCAGAUUGUCGACCCAAGAGUUGAUCUCUAUUAUCAUCAUCAUGAGAUUCACCCUGCUCACAUCCAUGGCCCUCCUGGGUCUUGCCCUCGCUGGUGCAACGGAGUCCAACACUGAUGAUGUUGGCAGCACCAAGGUUACUGAUGGCACUCUCGAUGUAAACUACUGUGGCGAACGCUGCGAAUACGACUGGGAAUGUCGCCGCGGAUAUCGUUGCCACGAGUGCCGCAAGCAGCACCACGAGCGCUAUGGCCGCUGCCGCGAACGAUAUGACUGAGCUUAUCCUCGAUGUAGCCUGGCAAGGCCAGGUGUGCAGAAGGAAGUACAGUGGUCGAAAUGGAAGUUGAAAUAAGCCGUUACCUUAGGAUCAGAUACGGAAUGGAAGAUGUUGCUGCGGUAAAGUGAGUGCAAUCCCGUAGUCGGUACCUUUCAAUGCCAGUAAAUUGUUAGUAGAAUGUACAGUGGUAUAUACCGACACGGCAGGUACCAGCAGAAAUGUUGUGAUGCAAUAGGGACAGUAUACUACUUGCCGCUUG